CUGUAGUGCAGAGAGAGGGGGAGUGAACAGAAACGAAAGGAGACUGUGCAAAACAGCCCCCCACCCCGCCUCUACGGGAAAUGGGUCUCAGGCUGAUGAGUAAGGCAAGAAGCUCCUGUAGCGCUUGUGCAUCUGAAGCUACGCAGCUAUGGAGGAAAGGGCCCAGUGUCAAAUGAGGGGAGACUGUAAUUGGCCCCUGCAACCUGUGGUCUGUUUGUGUCUCCAGUGGAUCAAAUACACCUUCUUCCCUUAAUAUCCCUGCGUUUUAUAAGAAUACACACAUUUGCAUGCACAACGCCUGAGCCUCAUCUCUCUAAGGCUUCACUAUGGAAGCCCGUUUCCACCACAGAGUAAAAAAUAUAAAAGGUUUGUGCUUUCUGCGUCCUUGUAUUGUGGGUGCAGUUUCUUCUUCCAACCGCAUGGAGGCACAGCAGGCUUCUCCGGACAGCAGCAGUGAGGAAUGUACUGUACUAGAGGCUCUGCCUGGCAAGGGAACAGCGCUAAUUUGCUCUCAACACAAAGGAAAAGUGUCUGCAUUGUACUGUUUGGCCUGUGAGAAUCCAGUAUGUGAGGACUGUGUGAAUGAAGAACAUGCUGAACACCCCACUGAUUCACUGGAAAAUAUUGUGGACCAACAGUUAGCGGCAUUGCAGGACAGAGUGGAUUCAGCUAAAAACAGGCUUCCUCAGAUAAGAGAAGCAGUUCAGAGUUUGAGAGACAUUCUGCAGCAGUUGAAUUCUCAGCGGAGCUCCAUAGAGGAAGACAUCCAUUCCUCCUUCAGCGAGCUCCACAAAACUCUCGAUACACGCAAGAGCGUCCUGCUUAUGGAACUGGAAGUCACUUACGGACUAAAACAGAAGGUUUUGCAGGCUCAGCUGGACACUGUUCUGCAGGAGGAAGCUGCCAUCAACUAUAACUGCGGUCUGACUUGCGAAGCCCUGGACAGUGGAAACAAGGCUGUCGUUAUGCAGACCCAUAAAGACGUGGGAGAGAGACUCAGCGACCUGGCCAGCCAGGGCCUUCCUCUUCAGCCUGAGGAGAACGACCAACUGGAUCUCAUGAUGGAGAUCGAAGGACUUCGCAAGUCCAUCCACAACCUGGGAACUAUCGUCACCACCAAUGCUGUGGCCAGUCAGACCGAGGCGUCAGGUGAGGGUCUGGAGCAGUGCGUCGUGGGCCAGCCGGCAACGGUCAUCAUAACCACAAGAGACAAAUCUGGAGGACUGUGCAAGACGGGUAAUGCCAUCAUCUCAGCUGAAGUCUGCACGCCGGAUGGCAGCGUUGCAGACGGCGAAGUUGUGGACCAUAAAAAUGGGACGUAUGAAUUCCAAUACACGGUGAAGAAAGAGGGAAAUUUUAGUCUUGCGCUUAGACUUUAUGAUCAGCAUAUCAAAGGAAGCCCCUUCCAGUUAAAGGUCACCUGCUCUCCGGAUGAUUCUCCACCCACCACCACCGCAGCCAAUGCUGCAUCCACGGGUUCAAGCGAUGGUGGGGCGAGGAAACGGAGCGCAAAAUCCCCAGGGAGCAGAAGCCGACAGAAAGGCGUCAGACGGGGAGGAAGCUUGUUCAGCACCCCAAAAAAAAAAGUGAACCCAAUCGAGGAUGACCUCAUUUUUAGAAUAGGAACAAAAGGGAGGAAUAAAGGAGAGUUCACUAACCUCCAAGGAGUAGCGGCUUGUUCAGAAGGAAAAAUCUUAAUUGCAGACAGUAACAAUCAGUGCGUGCAGAUAUUUUCAAAUACGGGAGAGUUUCAGAGCCGGUUCGGGGUGCGUGGCCGUUCACCGGGACAGCUGCAGCGGCCCACUGGAGUAGCUGUGCAUCCAAAUGGGGACAUCAUCAUUGCUGACUAUGACAAUAAGUGGGUUAGCAUCUUCUCCAGUGAGGGCAAAUACAAGGCUAAGCUUGGCUCAGGAAGGCUGAUGGGACCAAAAGGUGUGUCCGUAGAUCAGAACGGUCAUGUUAUCGUUGUGGACAACAAGGCCUGUACAGUUUUCAUCUUCCAGCCCAGUGGUAAACUUGUCACUAAGUUUGGCAGCAGGGGAAAUGGCGACAGACAGUUUGCUGGCCCACACUUUGCAGCCGUCAACAACAACAAUGAAAUAAUCAUCACAGACUUCCAUAACCACUCCGUUAAGGUUUUUAACGCAGAUGGGGAAUUCUUGCUGAAAUUUGGCUCGAAUGGUGAAGGGAACGGGCAGUUCAAUGCUCCCACAGGAGUUGCUGUGGAUGUCAAUGGGAACAUUAUCGUGGCAGACUGGGGAAACAGUCGGAUACAGGUGUUUGACGGAAGUGGAUCGUUCCUGUCCUACAUCAAUACGGCGGCAGACCCUCUCUACGGGCCGCAAGGUCUCGCUCUCACCUCAGAUGGCCAUGUGGUAGUGGCUGAUUCUGGGAACCACUGCUUUAAAGUCUACCGCUACCUGCAGUGACUUCAGACAGACUGUGAUCUAAGACGCAAAGAGAAUCAAAGUCCUACUGUAUGUGUCCAAAUCUUGCACUUAAUGUAAUGUAAUGGUAUUCUUCCUCCUUGAUUUUCACAUAUUUGUUACUAUUGUCGGAUGACCUUCUAAGAAGACUACAGCUUGUAAACACUGUUUAUGGGAUGCCUUGGAAUGCCUUUGCCAAACCUCCACACUCUACACUGUGGAAAUAACUGAGACAUCAGAAUGCAUUGGUGAGUGAACUACUACCUAAGCUGAAACUCUGCUCAUAUGUGCUGCAUGUGUGGACCAUGCAUGCGCCGCCAACUUUUGGACACAUCCGAACCCAAUCUGACUUCUAGGAUGCCAUUAGAACACUGUCACACACGUCUAUGAACCUUUCAAUAGGGAUAUGUCUUAGAGAUACUUGUAUCUCAUGCAGCCAAGAGAGCAGACAGCGAUAUCUCACUGUCUCCAAGCUUUAGCAUUCCCUCUUCAACCUGUUUGCUCUGUUGUUCGUAUCUUACAGUUGACUAAUAAACUAUUAGUUUGGAAUAACUAUGAUUUCUUUAAUGUAAUGACAUCUUUGAUGCUCAUCAAGGCUGCAUUUAUUUGAUCAAACAUACAGUAAACAGCAAUGUUGUGAAAUAAUAUUACAAUUUAAAAUAGCUUUCUGUAAAUAUAUUUAAAAUCCCCCUCUAGUCAAACUUUUUAUCCAUUAAAACUGAUCUUUUAUUACAUAUUUAAAUGUUUUUUCAUGUGAAAAUAAUUUUCUCAUGCCUUAAAACGGCUUGAAUGUAACUCUACCCCCUUGUCUCAUUUACUAUACGCGGAUAUAUGAAUAUGCAAAUUAGCCCGCCCCCACGCAGUCGCACCACCGGCCUGAGCCCCCCUGAUCCACAAACUGUAGUAAACGCGAUAUAAUGACGAAACACGGAUAAUGACUGAUAAAACUGUGUUUUUACUAGCGGACAACUGCAGUAGAUACUGUAACAUUUGUUAAAGUUACUUACUUGAUGAUGUUGUGCCCUCAAAAUGCCUUGAAGGCUCGAAUGCAGGGUGUUAUUUUUCAAUUUAGUGCCUAGUGGUUGUGCUCCUGUUAAUGCUUUAUACGCUCUAUUCAAUGCUCUAUUUAAUAUUUGGUUUUGUGAGGAUAACCCUAUUGGUAUAUUUUGCAUGCUAAUGAUAGGAAUCUAUACUUUGACGUUAUUGGUUACUUAGUUUGUGACGUAGCAAAAAAGGGCUGUUUCAAACCGUUUUUUUAGCUUUGCAUCACAGGAAUAAAUUUUAUUUGAAAAUAUAUUCAAACAGAAAAUAGUUAUUUUAAAUUAUAAUAAUAUUUCACAAUAUUACUUUAUUUUUUAUCAAAUAUAUGCAACUACAGUGAGCAUAAGAGACAAUCACUAACAUUAAAAAAUCCAAAUUUAUUCCAGACUUUUGACUGGUAGUGUAGGCCUGAUUAUAGUUUCACAAAUGCUGAUCAUAUUCCACUUGUGUCUGUUGAAUUCAUAAUUUUCUGUGCAAUCAGUGCAACUGCAAUAAGAAAAAUGACAGUGUGGUAUUGAAACAUCACCAGUAACAUUUGAAUCGUUUGUCCUGUGACUUACUGUGUGUACGUGUGUAAGCGACUAACAGUAGAUUACACAACGCACUGUUGCCUUGCAUACUUAUAGAAUGAAACUAGCAGCAUAUGCCUCUUUAUUUAGAAAAUAUUAGGACUCUCUAUUUUCCUUACAAAUGCUAUUAAAAACUGGAAAUAUCUAUAUAUUUGUGUAUUUAUCGUAAAUAAUGUUUCAAAGAUGUUUGGGUUUCAAAUGCAAACGUAGUUAAAAGCCAAACAUUUUCAAAGAAUUGAUUUUGAUUUGUCGAUCAUUCUCUUGCGUGUCCCAGGAUUCUUAGAGGCAUGAUUCACAUACUGUAGUAGUAAUGAUGUCAUACAGAUUUCAUCAUAACUGAAUGGCAAUAGUAUUUCAUCAUCAUUACAAUGCAAAGGUUAUUUUUUUGCUCUUGUUUUUGUAUUCAAAUUCCAGAAUUUGUUUGUUUUGUUUUGGUACAAGCAAAAAUUGUUUUGCAUAUGCAUAAUGUGCUUUAUUUUCUGUAUAUAAGGAUUGUAUGUAAAGAAUGUUUUGUAUGGUCAUCGGAAAAGAAUUUUACUUGAAUGUUAUUGUUUUAUGUCUGUACAAAAAAAAAAAAAAAAAAAAAAAAAAAUCAGCCUUAACAUCCUUGCAAUGUUUAUCAUUGUUUUGACUUUAUUGAUGAAAAUGGUUUCAGUAGAAUAUUUAAUUGAAUUUAGUUUAUCUAGUUGAUG